UUUAGCUCCCCAUAUACGCGAGGAGACGCAGUGCGAGCCUGAGGGAAUAGCGUCAACGGUCGACGAUCCGAGUGUACAUGGUACAUCAAGGCUUCCUGCAUCAUCCACAGAACCGAUAGUAGCCUUGUCGAGAACGGUUAUCACGAACGAUACAGAUUUGCUGCAGAGGAUGACGAUGGACGGUAUGGAGGUAGUGGGCACGCAGCAUCACGCGGCUGCAAGUCCCUUUCUUCUCUCGUCACCGCCGCCGGGACAUCAUCAUCAUCACCAUCACCACCAUCACCAUGCCACCUUCAAUCUGCAAACGGUCCAGCUGAGUUUCGAUGCCUGCCUGGCUUACAACACGUCGCCGAGUUCAACCUCGGGCAACGUCGGUGGCAGCGGGGGAGUUGGACUCGGCAUUGGGGCUCGCGGCACAUCACCCACCGUUGCAACAUCCAUCAACUCGAACAGCAUGAAAAGUGUGCCCAGCUUGACGCUCUCGAGCUGCCCGCCCCUCCAUCCAGCAGCCUCCGACUCGCCCGAUCUUCACUCCAGGCACCACCACCAUCAUCAUCGCCACAACAACAACAACAAUAACAACAACAACAACAACAACAACACCAGUAGCAACAACAAUAACAUCACCGAUGAUCAUUUGCGGCAUCAUCGACAUCAUCACGAUCGUCCUGCAUCCCCCAAUGAAUCCGCCAAUGGCUGCGACAAACGGCACUUGCUUCAUCACGACCAAAAUCUCCAGCAAAGGAACGUCGACGACGAUGACGACUGCAAUGGCAAUUGUCGGGACGAACUCGCUCGCGAUAACGGGGAAAAGGACAAACCCGGCGAUCUCAAUACACCUGUUACUACCAGCAGCGAUCUACCGUCGUUCUUUGGACCCUCCGCCCUCGUUGAACCACCACCAAUCUCAGGUAGUCUGGCGGGUGAGGAUCUCUCGUUGGAAGAGGCGACGGUCGAGGAUGAAGAUACGGUGACAUCGGUCGCUCGUGAUCACCAUCAUCAUCAGCAGCAGCAGCAGCAGCAGCAUCACCACCAAGACAAUCAAGAUUCCUCGGGUCCGAUAGUCGCCGGCUCGUCAAGUCCCCAGCGAAACCAGCAUCAGACUCAAGAAGACGUGGAGCGUUGUAACGUUUUACAGGGGGGUGUGAUACUCUAUUCGGCGCCGCACACAGGCUCCCCGGUUUCGUCGGCUCCGACCCUGACCUAUCGUGGAGUUUUUACAACGACGUGUACCCAAGCUGCUUCGCUCAAUACUCUUCAGACCCCACAGCAGCAGCAGCAGCAGCAGCAGCAACAGCAGCAACAGCAGCAACAACAGACAGCGAAUCAGGAGCUUUGGGGUUCACUACCCUCGCCAACCUUGACCCUGACCGCACAGCCGUUUCUUCACCCUUCCCUACACUCGACGCCCUACGUUGGUGAAACAGUUGAACUGCUCCAGGUCGAUUCAAAGCCACCACAACCACCGCCAGGCUAUCACGACACUCCAUCAUCGACCCCCUCCGCGUGGUUGUCCGCUCACGAGGACAGCUACGAUCCGGGUCUUUUGUCACACCAUCACGCCCACCAUCACCACCAGGAGCCCACCCUUAAGCAGGAGCCUUCGGCCAACUCUGGGUACGCGACGUCGGUGCAACAUCAACAGCAGCAGCCCCAGCCCCAGCAACAGCAGCAGCAGCAGCAGCAACAGCAACAACAACAGCAGCAGCAACCUUCUCAAAACUCAGCCGGUGUUCAACUCGCCGAAUACAAUCCUAGCACGUCAAAGGGCCAUGAGAUUCUGUCCCAAGUCUACCAACAGAGCGCACUGCCCUUGAGGUUAGUACCGGUAAAACCACGAAAAUACCCGAACCGACCUAGCAAAACGCCUGUCCACGAGCGUCCUUACGCCUGCCCGGUCGACGGUUGCGAUCGAAGAUUUUCUCGGAGCGACGAACUCACGAGACACAUAAGAAUUCACACCGGGCAAAAGCCCUUUCAGUGUCGUAUUUGCAUGAGAUCGUUCUCUCGCAGCGACCAUCUCACGACCCACGUGCGUACUCACACCGGGGAAAAACCCUUUUGCUGUGAUCAGUGCGGCCGUAAAUUCGCGAGGAGCGACGAAAAGAAGAGACACGCAAAGGUCCACCUUAAACAGAGGCUCAAGAGAGAGGCGACGCACUCAAACUCACGCAGUCACGCACAGCCUCACUCUUCUUCGCCCUGCAACCAGUAGGCCGACGUUAAUCAAUGAAAAAUAAAAGAAAUAAAAUACUGAUAUAAUAAUAACAAUCUGAAAUAUAAAACGUUCCGUUUGAGCUAAUGUAUAUGUGUGUAAAUAUACGCGAAGGUGCCUCGGUGCGAGUAUGCCCCGAUGCAUGUUGGGAGAAUUGUACUGUCUGGCCAACCUGAAGACAAGAGAGGAAAAGAGAGAGAGAGAGAGAGAGAGAGAGAGUAUCGAUUUUUGAAGAAAUGGCCAAUCAUCAAGGAAUGUUGAACAUUCUGGUGGAGGACGUUUCUCUUUUCUUUUCUUCGGAUAAUUAAUGUUAAAAACAAUAUUCUAGUUGCUCUUCUUCGUGACUGACAGCUCGACGAAUAAUAAGAAAAUACACAAAUGGCAUCCAGGCCACGUGGCCACACCAGUCAAUCGUUCGUCAAGAAUGAAACAGUCAUUGAAUUUUACUCAUGGAAAUAUCAUAGAGUUCUAACGGAGAAAACAAAAAUUAUAAGGAAAAAAAGCACGAGAAAAAGGUGCUGCUCAAAGCGUUAUUCAAUCACACCGCGACGAGGGAUUAACGGCCCAUGUUUGACCUCGCACAACCGAGGAGGAGAAGGAGCUUGAGAAUGACGGCUAUCUCUCGCGAUAUAUCGUACCUACAGGCGCGUAAACCACCCUUGGAAUCGUCAUUCUGUCCAUGUCAAUAUGCGUGAGCCACGAAUAUGUCAUGUCUUACGUUCCGCGGUCCCGAAUGGAACUUCCAAGGAAUCCUGUACGCGCAGAACCCGACGCCUGCUUUUCCACCGAAUCGAUAUCUUGAAAGUGUACCAACCGUCAUCCUCGCGUUGAGAAUAAGUAUUGUUUUUGUUUUCUCUCUCUUUUUUUUUUUUUUCUUAUCGUCGUAAGAUAAAUAAUGUUACAUCGUAAAACAUGAGAUCAAGAACGAUUGGGCAAAGCUAAAAAUCAUCUAUUCUUCUCUUUGCUAUUUUUUUUAAUGUCUCCGGAUGGCUUUGAGUCGAUGGACAUUCCUCGAAUCAAUUUUUUACGUCGAAACCUUUUUAUUUACAUGCCCACGAGGAAUAAUCCUACUUCUUGAACCAGAGCCACUCUCGUCGAUGAAAAUUUUCAUUUUAUUUUUCCAAUUGUUUCAUCGAUCAAACAGAUUUUUUUAUCAUUCUCAUUUUCGUUGGACCAAACGCUGUAAAAGUGAUUGAUGAAGGUUCGACCGUUUGAUUUCUCGAGCAAUGACGUUGUGAUUGCAAAACUGCAUUUGUGCUAAGUAUUCAAGUUUUAAAAUGCCCUCCUUCUCAAAUAUAAAUGUUAAGGUAGCCCUCUUCGCUCACGUCGUGAAUGACUAGACUAGGAAAACGUUCUUGACUCGUGCGAUUAUUUAUAGAGAGUAAUCAGAGGAAAUAAAAAAAAAAAAAAAAAAAACAUUUUUUUUGAAAAGGAGAAAGAAUAUCCUCCGAAGGGAACGUAGCAUCGCAAUGCGAACCGAGGAUGUCUUUUGAAGUCGUUAAUUUUGGGGCAUACGGAAAAUUCCAAUUCCCCAAAAAUGAAAUGUUCAAGAUGGAAAAGCGUCACUGUGAUUAGUACUCUGCAAAUUUUUAUGUUUCAUUGCUCAUCUCGAUCUGACUCGUACAAAAUGUCUGAUUGGUGAUUUUAUUGCGAAUUUGACUCGCCGAAGCGUGCUAUUUAUUUUUCUAUUUUAUUCUUCGAUGCGCCAUUGAUGAUUAAAUGAAACGAAUUAUAUCGAGAUUCAAGUUCGAUUAAAUUUCGAGAUUCUGAGCUAUUCUACGUCGACACGUGCAAUUUUCCUUUUCCUCAACAACGAUCUCGAAAUACCUUUUAUUAUGUAUACAUCUAUAUAACCAAAAAGGAAAGAAAAAAAAUCAAAUUCUCCUCCCCACGAGCGGUACUACCAGCUAAAUAUUCAUUUUUUUCUCGGAAAUCGCUGAAAGUGGGUUUUAACAAAUAAAAGGUGAAAACCUUUCGACACGUUGAUGACAAGUUUUCAGAGUUAUUCAUAGCGUUUCGUGUAAAUAGAGAUAUAUAUGAAAAUUUGAAAAUAUCGAUCGCGAGUGAGCUCCGAUAGAAAAAAACGAAGAGAGGAAAAUUUUGAUAACCGAGCGAUUUAUCAAUUUUGUAAAACGCCAUUGUGAGAGAAAUGGGUGUUUUAUCGACGUGUUCAAUAAAAAUUCGUUCAAACUUAAAAAUUUUACGCACCCUGAGUCUUUCGUAGGUGUGACGGUGCAAUAGUUUCGCGUUCAGUGAAUAUCUGAAAAAAAAAAGAAAAAAAAAACAAUUGAAAAGUACCAGAAGAAUUCAUAACGAAAGAGAGCAAUUAAGCGAAAAGAAGAUCGAAUUCAAGAGUUUUCCCCCGUGUGUUCCGGGCACGCUAAAACCCGGUGACAUUAUUCCCCACUGACGUGCCAGUAUUCCUUGGAAAUUGAUAACAGGACACAUGCGUAUAAAGAGGAGCGCGCACCGCCCGAAUAAAUCGCCUUUCCGAUAACGAAAAAAAACAAUAUGUUCUUUCAACAAAGCGUUCGUAAACGCGAGUGCGACAAAAACAAUAAAAAUAAAAAAAACAAAGUCACUAAAGUGUAAUUAUAAUGCUAGUUGUUAAUCGUUGUUGAAUGGAAUUUAAACUCAUUUCUUCUAUUGUACAUAUGUAUAUAAAAACACGAAUGCACACACCCUCACACAGACAUCUACACACGUGAGUUCCAUGAAAUAAUGGAUAUUAUUAUAAGAAAAAAAGGAAAAGAAUAGAAAAACAGUUUAAUCGAUCGCUCACAAAUUGUAAGACAACAACAACAACAAAAAAACAAAAGCUAAAUGCUUGUCUCCAGAACUGUUCAUCCAUAGCAUUUUUAAAAGCUCUCUCUCUCUCUCUCUCUCACUCUUCGCCUUUCGUCCUCGUCUCGCAUUGAAUGCAUUAUAUAGUAUUUUAAGAUAUGUGUAUACACAUUUAUUUCCUCGACAAUUAAUAUUAUGUAUAUGAUUCUCUAUUUAUUAACAAAGAAAAAAAACAAAUAGGAAAGAAAGAAAGAAAGAGAAAAGGAAAAAAAUGAGGCGUGUAUGCACGCACACACAAUUGACUCGCGUAGCUCAAUGCAAAGAGACAAAUAUAUAUACGCAUAUAUACAUAUAUAUAUCUACAUAUACAUAUGGACAUAUGUAAGUGGGUAUAUUUACGAUAUUGUUGAUAUAUAUAUAUAUAGAGAUUGAUUAUUUUUAUUACAAAGCUUCCUAAUACAAAAAAGGGGCAAAAUAAUGAAAAUGUAUGUAUAUUUACAAGAAUAAAAAUGGAGAGGAAAGAGAAUAGAAGCAUAGAAAGACGUUGAUAGAAAAAUAGCUCGUGACUCUCGCAACAUGUGUGCAUGUAUGUGUUAGUGUGUGCGUGCAAAUCACGAAUUAAGGGAAACGAAGAAGCUUUCCCUCCGCGAUCUCCCUGAAAUAAUAAAUAAAUAAAUAAAUAAAUAAAUAAAUAAAUAAUAAAAUAUAUAUAUAUAUAUAAAGCGAUAAACUUCAAGUCACGAUUCCUCGAUACCCACAAUUUACUUCGAGUCGAUACUUUUUUACGAAUGAUAUUAUUCUAUAUUGCCUAGAUAAAUAUGAAAGAAUGAAGAAAUCUAUAAAUAUAAUAAUGAAGGAAAAAAUGCAAAUAAAAUAAAAUCGAGAGAAUAUGUAACAUUAUUAUUAUCAUUAUUAUUAUUAUUAUUAUUAUUAUUAUUAUUAUUAUUAUACACGUGAUUUUUCCAAGUGCAAUGCACAUAAAAUCUAACUACCUGUAUUCUCGGUCGUUGUUCGCCUGGCGCAACAUUGAGCGCUCGUACGAUUAUUAUUAACAGAAAUAUAAGUUAACAAUGAUUCGCAAA